GUCUGCUGCGGGAACACCACACCACCCUGCCUGCUACUUGCUAAGGAGUCUGAGGCCAUGGCAGAGAUUGAUAUUGCUCCCCAGUUUGGAGCCGAGCUGAAGGAUGGCUUCAAGCCCGUCAACGCCUGGGUUACCAACGGCAUUGCAUGGCUGGAUGACAUACAGCAGUUCUACCGCGAAAGAAGUUUGAUCGAGAAAGACUAUGCCGCCAAGCUCAAAGCUCUGGCCCAGAAGUAUUUCGAGAAGAAGGCGAGGAAGUCGAGCAGCCUGAGUGUUGGUGACACUCCUACUGUCACCCCGGGCUCUCUCGAGAGUGCUUCCAUGACUACAUGGGGUGUGCAACUCACCACCCUCGAAGGACGGGCCUCGGAACACGAAAGCUUCGCAACGUCCCUCAUAUCCAACAUCGCCGACCCCUUGAAGAAUCUGGCUACUCGCUACGAGGAGCUCCGGAAAUACCACGCCGAGUAUGCGGCAAAGCUGGAGAAGGAGCGCGAUGGCACAUAUGGAGACCUACGAAAGAUGAAGGGGAAGUAUGACAGUGUUUGCCAGGAAGUGGAGAACCGCCGAAAGAAGACCGACUCCUCUUUUGAUCAUGGGAAACAAAAAGCGCGGAAUGCUUUUGAACAACAGCAACUAGAAAUGAGAAACGUCAAAAACACAUAUGUGAUUACGAUCAACGUUACGAACAAGCAAAAGGAAAUGUACUACCACGAGUACGUUCCCGAGCUUCUUGAUAGCCUUCAGGACCUAUCUGAAUCCCGCGUAGCCAAGUUGAACGCAAUAUGGUCUACUGCUGCUCAGAUCGAAACAUCAACCCUGACAAGAAGCACGAGACUCGUCGAACAUCUUUCUGGAGAAAUUCCCAGGAACAACCCACUGCUAGACUCGAUGAUGUUCGUUAGGCACAACGCUGGAUCCUUCCAAGAACCCGGCGACUUCCAAUUCGAGCCAAGCCCAGUUUGGUUGGAUGACGGUAAUAUGGCUACUGAUGAAGCGGCGAAGGUCUUUUUACGGAACGUUUUAACGAAGAGCAAAGGUCAAUUGAUAGAAUUCCGCCGUGAACUCGACAAGAAACGAAAGGAAGUCGAAAACGCCAAAAAGGUCCGACAGAACAUACGAGAUGGCAAAGAUAAGCGUGACGAGGUCGAAGUUGUCCGCGCUAUUUUUGCUCUCCAAGAAGGAACGCAUGAAGUAGAGCGGCAGAAGGUUACUGCAGAAGUUGAGGUGUCGACCAUCACAUCAAAUGUGGGAGACGUCAGCAUCGGGGCGAGUGCGCACAAGUUCAAGUCGCAAACGUUCAAGAUACCAACGAACUGUGAUCUUUGUGGGGAGCGUAUAUGGGGGCUAUCCGCUAAAGGAUUCGACUGUCAGGAUUGUGGAUACACUUGCCAUAGCAAGUGUGAGAUGAAAGUCCCAGCAGACUGCCCGGGCGAACAGAGCAAAGACGAAAAAAAGAAAUUGAAGAUAAAACGACAGGCGACGGCAAAUGCUGCAACGCCAGCCGCCAACGGAGGCGCCUCAGAAUCACAAACCGAUAUGCCUCGCAUGAGCAGAAGCGACACUGUCAACUCGAUGAACACGCUUAGCUCAGGAUACUCCGCAACGGCCCAUCGAUCGAUAUCUGGCGCCGUGUCACCUACAGACGAGAACCCUCCGGAAAGAGGAGGAACAGUCAAAGCCGCGCCUGGCCCUCGACGUAACCGCGUCGUGGCGCCACCGCCAGCGCAAUACAUCAAAGAAGAUGAUGAUAUAGCAAGUAAUGCUGGAUCUUCAAAGGCUGCGGAGCAGAAGGGCAAGAUGCUGUACGCGUAUCAGGCGAACGGCGACGGCGAAAUCAGCGUGAGGGAUGGCUUAGACAUCACGAUACUAGAGCCUGAUGAUGGCUCCGGCUGGACCAAAGUCCGCGCUGGUGCCCUCGAGGGCCUCGUGCCCGCCGCCUACGUCGAGGUCGUUCCGCAAACACCGCCCUCGUCUCUCUCCACCAUCAACCGCCCAGACUCAACCUACUCUGCGUCCUCUGUCUCCCUCGCCGGCAGCAUCACCGCGCCGGGAAAGAAGAAAGGCCCAGCCGUGGCGCCGAAGCGUGGCGCGAAGAAGCUCAAGUACGUCGAGGCGUUGUACGACUAUAAAGCGCAGAGCGACGCCGAGCACAGCAUGACCGAGGGCGAGCGGUUCGUGUUGAUCAACAUGGAUGCCGGGGAGGGGUGGGCGGAUGUAGAGAGAGGCGGGUUGACGAAGAGCGUGCCGGCGAAUUAUAUUCAGGAGGUGUAAGAUGAGGGGAGCGUUGGAAUAGUGGUUAGCGAAUAGCGGUAAGCGGUGAGCGGUUUUACGACAGUAGUUGGAUGAGCGAGCUUAGUCAUGGAUUGGGGACGCGGUUGACUUGCAUUUCGUCGCUGCGCGUUCUGUUUCUAAGGGAGCCUAAAAUUCGGCAAGUGGGGUUCAUGCGGGGAUUGAGUUUGCAUUGGUUGGCUAGGGUUUGGAAAGCGG